AUCUACCUACGAAUCGACAUCCAUCUUCUCGACGACGACGACAUCCUCGUCGCUCGAGAGCUCCUGCACCGUGACGUACUUGCCAAUGUCCUCCUUCUUGAUGACCUUCUCCUUGAGCCACGACGUGGUGCCCUUGGGGAAGCGGUAGUCGCGCUCCUUCUGGCCGCGCUCGUUGGGCUUGAUGUAGUUGCGCAUCAGCUCCGUCGGCUUGUCCUUCUCGAUCACGCACACGUCGACGUUGCUGCCGGACCCCAGGUCGUUGAAGAUACCCGCCUUGAUGGCCUCCGCCGCGAGCGCGAUCGCCUCCUCCCGGUUCAGGUUCGGCUUCCAGUUCGACUCGAAGACUGA